ACGCUCCUUCUCUCUCUUUAUCUCUGUUUUUAGAUCUGCGAUUAUCCGAGAUGUCGUCAUCUCAUCGUUUGACGCGAGAACAAAAGGGAAAGGGGGCGGUAUCUUCUCGGGAUUCUGACGGUAUCCAUCACGAAGCGAUGAUGGAUACGGGAAAUAUGGAUUUAUCGCAGCGUCUUUUGGUCUCGGAAGCAAGAGAACAAUUCCGGGGUGACGACGACGGUCAAGAAGCGGUCGACACCUCGAUUGUUCCGAUCAGCUACUACCCCGGGAACAUCUUCGCCGAGGAGAGCCCACUGGAGGUUUGGAAAAUUCGACCUUCGGUCAUCGAUGGACAGGAUUGGUCCAACGUCGAGAGGACGAAGUCCACCGUGGAGUCGGUGGAGGCUAUCCUCCGAGAUCUCAACGCACACGGGGUCUCGUUCAUUAUUCCAAAGCGGGAUCAGAGGCCUUGGUCACCCCCGAAGGGGUAUCAGUGCAUUUACGAGUCAUAUUUCCGGAACGACACGAAGUUGUGGUUCCCAAUUCCCCGAAUUGUCACGGCUUAUGCGUUCCGCAGAGGAGUCGCUUUAAGCCAGUUGAUGAACGGUUCUCUCCGGUUGAUGGUCGUUUUAUCGGUGAUUGCGGCUGAGGCAGGGACAUCGAUGAGUGUGAGGUCGUUUGAAGAGUUGACCUCAGUUUUAAUUUCCGACGAUGGGCUCGUCUCGACGAGGAUGCGCCCAAACUAUAACGUGGUCACGGGGUACCCGACCAAAACCUCAGACUGGCAGCGUUCGUACUUCUAUGUGAAGUCGAACAGGUCAGCGUUCGAGGAGCCUCCGAAGUCUGGUUAUCGCGUUCUUUGGAAUGCAGAGAUGGUUGAUCAUCCGAAUCUUGCCACGUACCCCGAGGAUUGGAAGGAGAGUGCUCGGAUUGUUGCGUUGCAGAAGCAAGAUCACUGGGAGGAUUUUACUCGGGAGAGAAUUCAAAGAUCUGUAGAACGGAUUGCGAGCCAGCAUUGGAUCUCGGAUUCGCUUCCUCACAUCAAUCGAUCGACUUUGAAGCGGUUGUCCCUUUUCACACGAGCCGAGCAGAAGGAGAUCAAUCGGGCCCGAACAAUGAAGCAACUACCCGAUCUUAGCCUUAUUACGGCGGGGAAGAUAGGUGCCAAAAAGGGUACUGACGACUCUGCGGGGGUCGGGAUUACGGAUGCUGCCCCCGUUACCGCCGAGCGGGCGCCUACUGGCGGUUCUUCUCAGGGAAAGAACUCGAAGAAGAAGAAAAGCAAGGAGACUCGGAAGGAGUCCAAUGAGAUGGAUCAAACCGAUCUGGGUAACCCCUCCAAGAAGGGUGGUAAGAAGAGGAAGGCCGUGGAACCGCCUGCGGAAGACGUUCCUAGGAAGAAGAAAACGAAGAAGCAAGAUUUCUCCGUGCCCCGACCAUCCUCGGUUUGCGAGGAGGAACUCCAGGCUUUGGUUCCCGAUGCUACUCCCGAGGUUGGGACCUCGGAUGAUGAUGAAAACGAGACCAUAGCUUUGCGUCGGAGGAGACGAGAGGGUCCUCAGCAGAAUCGUGGAGCCUCGGUGGGCGGUCAGGGCAUCUCGGAGGUUCCGAGGGAGUUGCCAGCCUCCGAAAGACAGCAAGUCCCUCUGAGGGGCGACUCUUCGGCUCAUAUCACGGAAGGUUCUGAGACCCGCGUGUCCGGCCGUCCCAAGGAAACCCCGGAGGAUGGGUUCAGGUUCGAGUUCAACCGAGAGCUUCCGCUGGCCUGUUACCCGGAGGAUUGUGCUCGCUUGCUACGGUUAGUCAAAGGCGGUCCCGAUCAGCUUCCUUCGGUGGGGGACCUCAUCUUCAAAGACGAGUAUGAGCACGCCUCUUGCUCGUCGGUAAAGAGUCACGGCGACCGGAAUGUUCUGGUUGGGAAGUAUGACACAGCCCUCAGGCGGGCCAGAGAGCAGAUCCGUGAGAGCGAAGAAGCUAAGAAGAAAGCGGAGGAGGCUCUUCGGGUGUCUUCGCGGGAAAGGACAGAAGCCAUUGCUCGGGAGAGAGCUCUCAGGAAAGCAUUUGACGAGACGCGAACAUCUGACGCGGCUGAGCUGCAGAUGUGUAAGGAGGCGAUGAACAACCUUGAAGUUGUGGUGGACAAGCAGCGGAAGGAAAAGGUUGACCUAGAGAGAAGGAUGGCCGCGGAAUCACUUAGGCAUUCCGAGGAGAUGACCAGGCUUCGGAAAUCUCGUAGGUAUGAAGUUACGCACGAGAGAAUUCGCGUGCUGAUCGCCAUGAUUGCUAAGGCCGAGAAGCGCUUCCAUAAGAUUUCUCUUCGUGAGGACCAAAGAGACAAGUACGACGAUGCUAGAUGUCUCUACAGCCAAGCCUUUGGAACGAGGAAAUGCCUCGAGCAGAUUAAAGCCUCGGGUGUCGAGAGGAAACCAUCGAUUUCUUCGCUGGGCAAGAGAGGCAUUAUGAAGAAGAGGCAGAACGCUUGGAAGUAAAGGAGAUUCCAGCAGAGGACCUUCGCCUCUCCCCGCUAGUGUUGGAGUCUCGGUUCCUGAUCGAAGAGAUUUGGCGUCAGCUCGACCCGUUUGGAUCGAACAUUGGUUUGAUCGAUUCAGAGGCUGCUAUUGCUCUUCGUACUCCUCUCGCCGACCGAGAUCCCCGCUCUGAAGAUCCGACGGAGAAGCCCGCUCAGACGGCCGUAUCUUCCAAUCAGCACACUGACCAAGGCGUCGAUCCGGCAGAGCGAACAUCAGCGGGAGCAGUUAUUCAGAAGGACGGGGCCGUGCCUACCAUCGUGCUGACCGAUUCCUCCGCGAAGGCAUCGAAGAAUGCCAGCUCGUCCGCUUCCUCGUCGGAAGACCCGGGGAAGGAAGAUGAGCUUCCAACGGAGACGCCAGCUGCAAAUGUGACUGACUCAAUUCCAACAAAGUUCGGCCGCGUCUCGGGUCCCGGAGAAGGUGACGGCAGUGGCGACAAGGAUCCUCCUGUGGUCGAUUAAUAAUCUCUGUUGUUUGUUGUAACUUCUUUUUUUUUUUUAUUUAGCCUUGACUCUUCGGAGCCUUGACUCUUCGGAGCCUUUGAACUGAUUACUCUGUUAAAACUUUGAAAUUUCUACUAAGUGUUUUUCUUUUAAGUGGGUUACGGAUAACCGCUAACAACUUAGUAGAUUGUGAAAUUAUUCGUUGCUCGUUAAUUCAAUCCCGCUAUUCUUUCUUUCGAUAAGUCGGGAACAAAUUAAGACAAGAAUUCUAAAUAAGUUUCCGAGGGAAAGGUUUCUGGAUGCGACACAGUAAUCGAGAGAAAUUAGGUCGGCCAACUCAUUAUUCUUCGAUUUGUGACAAGAUCCGAAAUUCCAUUCGUGAGUUUGGUCAAUGAUUUUCAUCAUCGGUGACUCUGUUUUUCCCUUCGUUCGAUAUCUGAUCAGGAUACGUUCGAUUAGUUUGGGCGAGUGCUCGUGCGCCGCUUUCGAGUUAAGGGGCUGGCAUCGUUUGCUCGUU